AGAUCCUGCAGCAGAACCAGGACCAGGACCAGGACCAGGACCAGGUUCUUAUCCGACACCAUGGCCGACGGGGACCAGGCCGAGGACGAGAUCCAGUUCCUGCGGACGGACGAUGAGGUCGUCCUCCAGUGCUCGGCGACCGUCCAGAAGGAGCAGCAGAAACUCUGCCUGGCGGCCGAAGGUUUCGGGAACAGACUCUGUUUCCUGGAGUCCAUCUCUAACUCAAAGAACGUUCCUCCAGAUCUUUCCAUCUGCACGUUCGUGCUGGAGCAGUCGUUGUCGGUCCGAGCUCUUCAGGAGAUGCUGGCCAACGUGGAGGAGAAGAACGACGCCGCGGCGCAGGGCGGCGGCCACCGCACCCUCCUGUACGGACACGCCGUGCUGCUGCGGCACGGAUACAGCGGGAUGUACCUGUCCUGUCUCUCCACCUCUCGCUCGUCCACCGACAAACUGGCCUUCGACGUUGGACUGCAGGAGGACACGAUAGGAGAGGCGUGUUGGUGGACGAUCCAUCCGGCGUCCAAACAGCGAUCGGAGGGAGAGAAGGUUCGAGUCGGAGACGAUUUGAUCCUCGUCAGCGUCUCGUCAGAGAGAUAUCUGCACUUAUCCUACGGGAACGGCAGUCUCCACGUGGACGCUUCCUUCCAGCAGACGUUAUGGAGCGUCGCGCCGGUUUGUUCCGGCAGCGAGGCGGCUCAAGGCUUCCUGAUUGGAGGAGACGUCCUGCGUCUUCUCCACGGACACAUGGACGAGUGUCUGACGGUUCCGUCUGGAGAACACGGGGACGAGCAGAGGAGGACGGUCCAGUACGAGGGCGGAGCCGUUUCCAGCCACGCCCGGUCCCUGUGGAGACUGGAGACGCUGAGGGUCAUCUGGAGCGGCAGCCACAUCCGCUGGGGUCAGGCGUUCCGGCUCCGUCACGUCACCACGGGGAAAUACCUGAGUUUAUCGGAGGAGAAAUCGCUGUUACUGACGGAAAAAGAAAACAGCGACGUCGAGUCCACAGCGUUCUGUUUCAGAUCGUCCAAGGAGAAGCUGGACUCGGGGACGAGGAAGGAAGUGGACGGGAUGGGAACUCCGGACAUCAAGUACGGAGACUCGGUGUGCUACGUCCAGCACGUCCACACUAGCCUGUGGCUAACGUACCAAACCAUCGAGCCCAAGGGCGUCCGGCUGGGCGGAGUCCAGAGGAAGGCGAUCAUGCACCACGAGGGUCACAUGGACGACGGACUGACGCUGUCGCGAUCCCAACACGAGGAGAGUCGCACGGCCAGAGUGAUCCGGAGCACCGUGUUCCUGUUCAACCUCUUCAUCAGGGGUCUGGACUCUCUCCGGAGGAAGGUCCAGGGUCCGAGGGCGGAGCUACCCAUCGACUCGCUCCGCCUGAGUCUGCAGGACCUGAUCGGAUAUUUCCAGCCUCCGGGAGAACAACUGGAACACGAAGACAAGCAGAACCGGCUGAGAGCCCUGAAGAACCGGCAGAACCUGUUCCAGGAGGAGGGGAUGAUCAGUCUGGUGCUCGAGUGCAUCGACCGUCUCCACGUUUACGGCAGCGCCGCUCACUUUGCCGACGCUGCAGGAAGAGAAACGGCCGAGGCCUGGAGUUCAACCCUCAACUCGCUGUACCAGUUACUGGCCGCUCUCAUCAGAGGAAACAGGAAGAACUGUGCCCAGUUCUCCGGUUCCCUCGACUGGCUGAUCAGCCGACUGGAGCGACUGGAGGCGUCUUCAGGGAUCCUGGAGGUUCUUCACUCGGUGCUGGUGGAAAGUCCCGAAGCUUUGAACAUCAUCAAGGAAGGACACAUCAAAUCCAUCAUCUCUCUCCUGGACAAACACGGACGCAACCACAAGGUUCUGGACGUGUUGUGUUCUCUCUGCGUGUGUCACGGCGUGGCGGUUCGGUCCAACCAGCACCUGAUCUGUGACAACCUGCUGCCGGGCCGAGACCUGCUGCUGCAGACCCGUCUGAUCAACCACGUCAGCAGCAUGCGUCCUAACAUCUUCCUGGGCGUGAGCGAGGGCUCGGCCCAGUACAGGAAGUGGUACUACGAGCUGAUGGUGGACCGGGUGGUGCCGUUCGUCACGGCCGAGCCCACGCACCUGCGGGUGGGCUGGGCUAGCACUAGCGGCUACGCGCCGUUCCCCAGCGGGGGCGAGGGCUGGGGCGGCAACGGCGUCGGGGACGACCUGCACUCGUACGGCUUCGACGGGCUGCACCUCUGGUCAGGCUGCAUCGCCCGGGCGGUGACGUCGCCCCACCAGCACCUCCUGCGGACGGAGGACGUGGUGAGCUGCUGCCUCGACCUCAGCGUUCCCAGCAUUUCCUUCCGGAUCAACGGCCAGCCGGUGCAGGGAAUGUUCGAGAACUUCAACUCCGACGGCCUCUUCUUCCCCGUGGCCAGUUUCUCCGCCGGCGUCAAGGUGCGUUUCCUGCUCGGAGGUCGUCACGGAGAGUUCAAGUUCCUGCCGCCGGCCGGCUACGCUCCCUGCUACGAGGCCGUGCUGCCGCGCGAGAAGCUAAAGCUGGAGGCUAGCCAGGACCAGACCGGAACCCGAGACCUGCUGGGCCCGACGGUCACGCUGAGCCAGGCAGCGUUCACCCCCACGCCGGUGGACACCAGCCAGAUCGUUCUGCCGCCUCAUCUGGAGAGAAUCCGGGAGAAACUGGCAGAAAAUAUCCACGAACUCUGGGUGAUGAACAAGAUCGAGCUGGGCUGGACGUUCGGGAGCAUACGAGACGACAACAAGCGUCAACAUCCGUGUCUGGUUGAGUUUUCCAAACUUCCUGAACAAGAACGGAGUUACAACCUGCAGAUGUCUCUGGAAACACUAAAGACUCUGCUAGCGUUGGGCUGCCACGUCGGGCUAGCGGACGAACACGCCUUUGAAAAGGUUAAAAACAUGAAACUGUCGGCAACGUACGAGCUACAAAGCGGCUACAAACCGGCUCCGCUAAACCUUAGCCACGUCAAGCUAACGCCCACGCAGGACGCCAUGGUGGACAAGCUAGCGGAGAACGCUCACGACGUCUGGGCAAGAGACCGGAUCAGGCAGGGCUGGACGUACGGAAUCAUGCAGGAUGUGAAGAACCGUCGGAACCCUCGUCUGGUUCCGUAUGCGCUGCUGGACGAGAGAACCAAGAAGUCCAACAAAGACAGUCUGAGAGAAGCCGUCCGGACUCUGCUGGGCUACGGCUACAACCUGGAGGCUCCGGACCAGGACCACGCGGAUCAGUCCGACCUCAGCAACUUGUCCGCUGAGAGGUUUCGCAUUUUCAGAGCGGAGAAAACGUACCGCGUCAACGCUGGGAAAUGGUACUUUGAGAUGGAGGUGCUGACGGCCGGGGAGAUGCGGGUCGGCUGGGCGAGGCCCGGGUGUCUGCCGGACCAGGAGCUGGGAUGUGACGACCAGGCCUUCGUGUUCGACGGCUUCAAGGUCCAACGCUGGCACCAGGGCAACGAGCACUUUGGCCGCGCGUGGCAGCCGGGCGACGUGAUUGGCUGCAUGGUGGACCUGAACGAGCUCACCAUGAUGUUCACGCUCAACGGGGAAGUUCUGCUGGACGACUUCGGCUCGGAGCUCGCCUUCAAGGACUUCCCUCUGGGAGAAGGUCUGGUCCCGGUCUGCAGCCUGGGCGUGCGUCAGGCCGGCAGGAUGAACUUUGGGAAGGACGUGGCGUCGUUACGAUUCUUCACCAUCUGCGGUUUGCAGGAAGGCUACGAGCCGUUCGCCGUCAACAUGAACCGCGACGUCACCAUGUGGCUCAGCAAGAGGCUGCCGACGUUCGUCCCCGCGCCGCCGGAGCACCCGCACAUCCAGGUGACCCGGACCGACGGCUCCGUGGACUCGUGUCCGUGUCUCAAGGUCGGCCAGAGGUCGUUCGGCUCCCAGAACAGCUGCAGCGACAUCAGCUUCUACCGACUGAGCAUGCCCGUGGAGGUGGCCGAGGCCCGGCCGGCAAACGGGGGCGUCUUCUCCCCCAACAGGGAUCUGGACGACUUUGAAACCGUGUCGGACUUUGAGGUUCUGAUGAAGUCGCCUCCCGGUCCCAACGGCCCCGACAAGGACGAGUUCAACAACCACAAAGAUUUCAGCCAGGAGAAGCCGUCCAAGCUGAAGCAGCGGUUCACGCUGAAGAGAAACAAACCCGACAACGGCGGCCCGGCGUCGGCUCGUCCGGCCGAGGAAACGGUGGCCGACGACCGGGACGGCUACGAAUUCCUGACACAAGAGUCCACGUUCUGCUACUCGGCCCGGAUCUUCCCGGGCCAGGAGCCCGGCAGCGUCUGGGUGGGCUGGGUCACCUCCGACUUCCACCAGUACGACCCGGGAUUCCAGCUGCACAAGGUCCGGACCGUCACCGUCACGCUGGGAGACGAGAAGGGGAAAGUCCACGAGAGUACGAAGCGCAGCAGCUGCUACAUGGUCUGGGCCGGAGAGAGCAGCGUUCCCGGCCAGGGCCGGAACAACGGCCUGGAGAUCGGCUGUCUGGUGGACGUUAGCGGAGGAUUCCUGAGCUUCACGGCCAACGGGAAGGAGCUCAGCACCUUCUACCAGGUGGAACCGGGAACCAAACUGUUCCCGGCCGUGUUUGCCAAAGCCACGAGUCCCAGCGUCUUCCAGUUCGAGCUGGGACGGGUCAAGAACGCGAUGCCUCUCUCCGCCGGACUGUUUAAGAGCGAGAGGAGGAACGUCGUCCCCCAGUGUCCCCCCCGUCUCCACGUCCAGUUCCUGACGCCCGUCGUGUGGACCCGCGUCCCCAACCACGUCCUGCAGGUUUCCUCGUCCCGCGUCAGCGACCGUCUGGGCUGGCUGGUCCAGUGUUUGGAUCCGCUGCAGUUCAUGUCGUUACACAUCCCUGAGGAGAACAGGUCGGUGGACGUACUGGAGCUGUCGGAGCAGCCCGAGCUGCUAACGUUCCACCACCACACGCUCAGACUUUACUCUGCCGUCUGCGCGCUGGGAAACAACCGGGUGGCGCACGCGCUCUGCUCGCACGUGGAUGAGUCGCAGCUGCUAGCGGCUAUCGAGAACAAGUACCUGCCAGGUUUGCUCCGCUCCGGCUACUACGACCUCCUGAUCGACAUCCACCUGUCCAGCUACGCCACCGCGCGCCUCAUGAUGAACAACGAGUUCAUCGUGCCCAUGACGGACGAGACCAAGAGCAUCACGCUGUUCCCGGACCAGCGGAAGAAGCACGGCCUGCCGGGGAUCGGCCUGAGCACGUCGCUCCGCCCGCGCACCACCUUCUCCUCCCCGAGCUUCGUCACCGCGGCCACGGCGGCGUCGCGUCGCCGCGGCAACAAUGACUGCUGCUUCCAGUUCACGCCCGAGUUCCCGCUGGAGACGCUGAAGCUGAAGACGAUCGCGAUGCUGACGGAGGCGGUGCGGGAGGGCAGCCGGCACGUCCGGGACCCCGUCGGCGGCAGCACCGAGUUCCUGUUCGUGCCGCUCGUCAAGCUCGUCCACACGCUGCUCGUCAUGGGCGUCUUCAGGAACCGAGACCUCCGGAGAAUCCUCCGGCUCAUCGAGCCCGCCGUGUUCCAGGAGGAGCCGGACGAACCGGAGGACGGACGGGAAGAGGAGGAGGAGGAGGAGGAGGAAGAGAGGAAGACGGAGGAGAAGAAGACGGAGGCCGGAGCAGCAGAGGAUUCUGGGAGAAACGUGCUCAACGGAGGAUUGUUGCAGAUGAAGCUGCCGGAGCCGGUGAAGCUGCAGAUGUGCCACGUCCUGCGGUUCCUGUGCGACUGUCAGGUGCGUCACCGGAUCGAGGCGGUCGUCGCCUUCUCCGACGACUUCGUGGCUUCUCUCCAAGACAACCAGCGGUUCCGUUACAACGAGGUGAUGCUGGCGCUGAACAUGUCGGCCGCGCUGACGGCCAAGAAAACCAAGGAGUUCAGGAGUCCGCCGCAGGAGCAGAUCAACAUGCUGCUGAACUUUAAGGACGAGAAACAGGAGAGUCCGUGUCCUGAAUCCAUCCGGGAGCAGCUGCUGGAUUUUCACGAGGAUCUGAUGAGACACUGUGGAAUAGAACUAGACGAGGAACUCUCUGGUCUGGACGACGACUUCACCAUCCGGGGACGACUGAUGUCUCUGGUGGAGAAAGUUUCUAAUCUGAAGAAAAAAAUCAACGUGGAGACGGAGAAACAAGACCGGAAACCCACUACCCUGCAGCAGCUGGUUUCAGACACCAUGGUCCGCUGGGCCCAGGAGUCGGUGAUCGAGGACCCGGAGCUGGUCCGGAACAUGUUUGUCCUUCUGCACCGGCAGUACGACGGGAUCGGGGGGCAGGUGCGAGCUCUCCCUAAAACCUACACCAUCAACUCCGUCUCCAUCGAGGACACGAUCAGCCUGCUGGCGGCGCUGGGACAGAUCCGGUCUCUGCUCAGCGUCAGGAUGGGAGGAGAAGAAGAGAAGCUGAUGAUCCGGGGACUCAGUGACAUCAUGAACAACAAGGUUUUCUACCAGCAUCCCAACCUCAUGAGAGCUCUGGGGAUGCACGAGACGGUGAUGGAGGUGAUGGUGAACGUGCUGAGUGGAGGAGACUCCAAGGAGAUCACGUUUCCAAAGAUGGUUCUGAACUGCUGCCGUUUCCUCUGCUACUUCUGCAGAAUCAGCCGUCAGAACCAGCAGGCCAUGUUUGAUCACCUGAGCUUCCUGCUGGAGAACAGCAGCGUGGGCCUGGCGUCUCCGUCCAUGAGAGGAUCCACCCCCCUAGACGUCGCUGCAGCUUCAGUCAUGGAUAACAACGAGCUGGCCCUGGCCCUGAGGGAACCGGACCUGGAGAAGGUGGUGCAGUACCUGGCCGGCUGCGGCCUGCAGAGCUGCGUCAUGCUGGUCCAUAAAGGAUACCCGGACAUCGGCUGGAACCCGGUGGAGGGAGAACGAUACCUGGACUUCCUGCGCUUCGCCGUCUUCUGCAACGGGGAGAGCGUGGAGGAAAACGCCAACGUGGUCGUCCGGCUCCUGAUUCGCCGGCCCGAGUGUUUCGGCCCCGCCCUGCGGGGGGAAGGGGGGGACGGGCUGCUGGCGGCCAUUAAAGAAGCUAUCCAGAUCUCCCAGGACCCGUCCAGGGAUGGACCGUCGUCCAGGGACGGACCGUCGUCCAGGGACGGACCGUCGUCCAGGGACGGACCGUCGUCCAGGGACGGACCGUCGUCCAGGGACGGACUGUCCACGUCCCAGCCCGGCAGGACGCUCAGUCACCUGCCGGAGGACGACGAGGACGACACCGUCCACCUGGGAAACGCCAUCAUGACCUUCUACUCGGCGCUGAUCGACCUGCUGGGCCGCUGCGCCCCGGAGAUGCACCUCAUCCACGCCGGGAAAGGGGAGGCGAUCCGGAUCCGAGCGAUUCUGAGGUCCCUGAUCCCGAUCGAAGACCUGGUGGGCGUGAUCAGCAUCGGCUUCUCCACGCCCAACCUGGCCACAGACGGGUUCGUGGUGGAGCCCGACAUGUCGGCCGGGUUCUGUCCGGACCACAAAGCCGCCAUGGUUCUGUUCCUGGACCGGGUUUACGGGAUCGAGGACCAGAACUUCCUGCUGCACCUGCUGGAGGUCGGAUUCCUGCCGGACCUACGAGCCGCCGCCUCGCUGGACACGGCGGCGCUCUCCUCCACCGACAUGGCCCUGGCCCUGAACCGCUACCUGUGCGCGGCGGCGCUGCCGCUGCUAACGCGCUGCGCGCCGCUGUUCGCCGGCGCGGAGCCGUUCGCGUCGCUGAUCGACUCGUUGCUGCACACGGUUUACAGGCUGAGCAAGGGAGGAUGCCUGACCCGCGCCCAGCGGGACGCCAUCCAGGCCUGUCUGCUGGCUAUCUGUGGGAAACUGAGGCCGUCCAUGAUGCAGCAUCUUCUACGACGACUCGUGUUCGACGUCCCGGUUCUGAAUGAACUCACCAAGAUGCCCCUAAAGCUGCUGACCAAUCACUACGAGCGCUGCUGGAAGUAUUACUGCCUUGCUGGAGGGUGGGGCAGUUUUGGAGCCGCGUCGGAGGAAGAACUUCAUCUCUCCAGGAAACUGUUCUGGGGAAUCUUCGACGCUCUCUCCGACAAGCCGUACGACCCGGAGCUGUUUAAGCUAGCGCUGCCGUGUCUCAGCGCCGUGGCCGGAGCGCUCCCCCCCGACUACAUGGAGUCCAACUACAUGGCCCUGAUGGAGAAACAGUCGUCCAUGGAUCCGGCCGGAAACUUCAACCCGCAACCGGCGGACACCGCCAACGUGAUUAUCCCUGAAAAACUGGACUAUUUCAUCAGCAGAUACGCAGAACACAUUCAUGAACGCUGGUGCAUAGAAAAGUUUUCCGGCGGCUGGUCGUACGGAGAGCAGAAGUGUGACGGCAGUAAAAUCCAUCCUCUCCUGAAACCGUAUAAAAGUCUUUCUGAGAAGGACCGAGACUCGUACGUUUCUCCGGUCCGAGAGUCUCUGAAGACGAUGCUGAGGUGGAACUGGAACAUCGACCGGAACCGGGAGGGAGAACCGGCGGGAAACAAGAGGAGGAUCUCACAGGCUAGCCAGCUGUCGUUCGACGGCGGGGCGUCUUUCAGCCCGAGACCCAUCGACAUGAGCAACGUCACGCUGUCCAGAGACAUGCAGUCCAUGGCGGAGCUGCUGGCGGAGAAUUAUCACAAUAUCUGGGCCCGGAAGAAGAAAGUGGAGCUGGAGAACAAAGGAGGGGGGGGUCAUCCUCUGCUGGUUCCCUACGAUUGUCUCACGGCGAAGGAGAAGUCCCAGGACCGGGAAAAGGCCCAGGAAAUCCUGAAGUUCCUGCAGAUCAACGGAUACACGGUUUCCAGGGGAAUGAAGUCGCAGGAACUCGACACUCCGGCCAUCGAGAAACGAUUCGCCUACACAUUCCUGCAGAAACUCAUCACCUACGUGGACGAGGCCUAUACGCUGCUGCAGGCUGACGUCGGGACGAAGGAAUCCAGGAUUGAACAGCAGAUCAAGUUCUUCGGAAACGUGGUGCUGCCGUUGGUGGAUCAGUACUUUAAAAACCACCGGCUCUACUUCCUGUCCACGGCCAUCCAUCCAAUCAGCAGCGGAGGCCACGCCUCCAACAAGGAGAAGGAGAUGGUGACCAGUCUUUUCUGUAAACUGGGAGUUCUUGUCAGACACAGGAUCUCCUUAUUUGGAAGCAACGCGACGUCGAUCGUCAACUGUCUGCAGAUCCUGGGACAGAGUCUGGACGCCAGGACGGUGAUGAAGACGGGCCUGGACUCUGUGAAAGUCGCGCUGCGCUCGUACUUCGACAGCGUGGCGGAGGAUCUGGAGAUGACUCAGCAGAACCUGAAACUGGGCCAGUUCUCCCACAGCCGGGAUCAACCGCGGAGCUGCCAGAUCAUCAACUACGCCGUGUUCGCGCUGCUGCCCGUCAUCUCCUCGCUGUUCGAGCACAUCGGGCAGAAUCUGUUCGGAGAGGAUCUCAUACUGGACGACGUCCAGGUUUCCUGCUACCGGAUCCUGAACAGCCUGUACUUUCUGGGAACCAACAAAAGCAUCUACGUGGAGAGGCAGCGUCCAGCGCUGGGAAAGUGUUUGGCCGCCUUUUCCACGGCGUUCCCGGUCGCGUUCCUGGAACCGCAGCUCAACAAAUUCAACAGCUUCUCCAUCUACAACAGCAAAGGCAGCAAAGACCGAGCAGCGUUAGGUCUUCCAGGGCCGGUAGCCGACGUUUGUCCUCUCAUCCCGAACCUGGACAAGUCUCUGGAGGAGAUCGAGGAGUUAGCAGAGUCCGGCAUGAGAUACAACCAGAUGCCUCACGUCAUGGAGGUGGUUUUGCCGAUGCUGUGCAGCUACAUGUCCCACUGGUGGGAACACGGCCCGGAGAGCGACGCGGCUAACGGCGACACGGCUACCGGCUGCUGCACGUCCGUCACGUCGGAACACAUGAACGCUCUGCUGGGAAACAUCCUGAAGAUCAUCUACAACAACCUGGGGGUGGACGAGGGCGCCUGGAUGAAGAGGCUGGCCGUGUUUUCUCAGCCGAUCAUCAGCAAGGCCAAAGUUCAGCUGCUGAAAAGUCACUUCCUCCCGUUGAUGGAGAAGCUGAAGAAAAAAGCGUGCGUGGUUCUCCAGGAUGAAGAGCAGAACCGAGCCGAGGGAAGAGGAGAAAUGUCUGAGACGGAGCUGCUGAUUCUGGACCAGUUCACGGUUCUGGUGCGAGACCUGUACGCCGUUUACCCGCUACUGGUGCGCUACGUGGACAGAAACAGGGCAGAGUGGCUGAAGGAUUCCAGCCCGGAGGCCGAUCAGCUGUUCAGGACGGUGGCCGAGGUUUUCAUCUUCUGGGCAAAAUCUCACAACUUCAAGAGAGAAGAGCAGAACUUUGUGGUCCAGAACGAAAUCAACAACAUGUCGUUCCUGAUCUCCGACACCAAGUGUAAAAUGUCCAAGGGAAUGUCGGACCAGGAGAGGAAGAAGAUGCGGAGAAAAGGAGAUCGUUAUUCAACGCAGACGAGUUUAAUCGUCGCUACGCUAAAGCGUUUGCUGCCGGUCGGGCUGAACAUCUGCAACCCGGGGGAGCAGGAGCUAAUCGCGCUAGCGAAGAGCCGCUUCAGCCAGAAAGACACGGAGGACGAAGUUCGAACGGUGAUUAGAAACAACCUGCAUUUACAAGGAAAGCUGGAGGAUCCGGGGAUUCGCUGGCAGACGAGUCUGUACCGAGAUCUGAACCCUGAAACGGGAGACCCGGAGAAGACGGUGGAGAGAGUUCUGGUGAUCGGACACGUGCUGUUCCACCUGGACCAGGUUGAACAUCCCCAGCGCAGUAAAAAGGCCGUUUGGCACAAACUCCUGUCCAAACAGAGGAAGAGAGCGGUGGUGGCGUGUUUCAGGAUGGCCCCCCUUUACAACCUGCCCAGACACCGCGCCGUCAACCUGUUCCUGCAGGGAUACGAGAAGUCGUGGAUCGAGGCCGAGGAGCAUUAUUUUGAAGACAAACUCAUCGAAGACCUGGCGAAAGCCGGCGAGCUGGAGCCGCCGGAGGAAGAAGAUUCUCAGAAACUCAUGGACCCGUUACAUCAGCUGAUCCAGCUGUUCAGCAGAACCGCCCUCACCGAGAAAUGUAAACUGGAUGAAGAUCAUCUUUACAUGGCCUACGCCGACAUCAUGGCUAAGAGCUGCCACGACGAGGAAGACGAGGAAGGAGAAGUGAAGAGUUUUGAGGAGAAGGAGAUGGAGAAGCAGAAGCUUUUGUACCAACAGGCUCGACUCCACGACCGCGGAGCCGCAGAGAUGGUUCUGCAGACGAUCAGCGCCUGCAAAGGAGAGAUGGGUCCCAUGGUGGCGUCCACUCUGAAACUCGGCAUCGCUGUUCUCAAUGGAGGAAACUCCACCGUCCAGCAGAAAAUGCUGGAUUAUCUGAAAGAGAAGAAAGACGUGGGAUUCUUCCAGAGCCUGGCGGGUCUGAUGCAGUCGUGCAGCGUUUUGGAUCUGAACGCGUUUGAGAGGCAGAACAAAGCUGAAGGUCUGGGGAUGGUGACGGAGGAGGGAUCAGUCACCAGUCGUGAGCUCGGAGAGAAGGUCAUGCAGGACGACGAGUUCACCUGCGACCUUUUCCGUUUCCUGCAGCUUCUGUGUGAAGGACACAACUCUGAUUUCCAGAACUACCUGAGGACUCAGACGGGAAACAACACGACGGUGAACGUGAUCAUCUCCACCGUGGACUAUCUGCUCCGGGUGCAGGAAUCCAUCAGUGAUUUCUACUGGUUUUAUUCGGGGAAGGACGUGAUCGACGAACAAGGACAGAGAAACUUCUCCAAGGCCAUUAACGUCGCCAAGCAAGUGUUCAACACGCUGACGGAAUACAUACAGGGCCCUUGCACCGGGAACCAGCAGAGUUUGGCUCACAGCCGGCUCUGGGACGCCGUGGUCGGUUUCCUGCACGUCUUCGCCCACAUGCAGAUGAAGCUGUCUCAGGAUUCCAGUCAGAUCGAGUUACUGAAGGAGCUGAUGGAUCUGCAGAAGGACAUGGUGGUGAUGCUGCUGUCCAUGCUGGAAGGUAACGUGGUGAACGGCACCAUCGGGAAGCAGAUGGUCGACAUGUUGGUGGAAUCGUCCAACAACGUGGAAAUGAUCCUAAAAUUCUUCGACAUGUUCCUGAAGCUGAAGGACCUGACGUCGUCGGACUCGUUCAAGGAGUACGACCCCGACGGAAAAGGAAUCAUCUCUAAGCGGGAUUUCCACCGGGCCAUGGAGAGCCACAAACACUACACCCAGUCCGAGACCGACUUCCUGCUUUCCUGCGCCGAGACGGACGAGAACGAGCUGCUCGACUACGAAGAGUUCGUGGAGCGAUUUCACGAACCGGCCAAGGACAUCGGCUUCAACGUGGCCGUGCUGCUCACCAACCUGUCGGAGCACAUGCCUCACGACGGGCGUCUGCAGACGUUCCUGGAGCUAGCCGACAGCGUGCUACGCUACUUCCAGCCGUACCUGGGCCGGAUCGAGGUGAUGGGCAGCGCCAAACGCAUCGAGAGGGUUUACUUUGAAAUCAGCGAGUCCAGCCGCACGCAGUGGGAGAAACCACAGGUGAAAGAGUCCAAGCGUCAGUUCAUCUUCGACGUGGUGAACGAGGGCGGGGAGAAGGAGAAGAUGGAACUGUUCGUGAACUUCUGCGAGGACACGAUCUUCGAGAUGACGCUGGCGGCGCAGAUGUCGGACGCCGGAGAGAGAUCGUCGGCCAAGGACGACGGAGACGCCGAGAAACCGGAGGAAAACACCGACACCGGCUUCUUCUCCGUCACCACCGUCUGCCUGUUCCUGCUGGCGCUGCGGUACAACGUGCUGCUGCUGAUGAGGGUGCUGUCCCUGAAGAGCCUGAGGAAGACCCUGAAGACCCUGAAGACCAUGACGCUGUCGGACCUGCUGACCAGCGUCCUCUCCUCCUACUGGUCCGUUCUGCUGGGAUUCCUGCACGUUUCCUUCAGUGUCGCCCGAGGGUUCUGCAGGAUCUUCUGGACCAGUUUCCUGGGAGGAACCCUGGUGGAGGGAACCAAAACCAUCAAGGUGUCGGAGCUGCUAGCUAACAUGCCGGACCCGAGCCAGGACGACCCGCACGUGGAGGGCGAGGACAAACGUCCGUCCGACCGCGGCAGCUUCCCCAAGGAAGACCUGGCCGACCUGAGCGUGGGGGCGGAGACGGAGGUUCUGACGGACAUCUUUGGGCUGGACCUGCGGAGGGAGGGGGGCGGCUACAAGAUCACCCCCCACAACCCCAACGCCAGGAUCUCAACCCACAACCCCAACGCCGGCUUCUCCGACUUCCUGAACGCUCCGUCUGCGGUUCCCAACCCUGAACUCCGGCAACGGGUGAGUUUUGAUCACCACAAACGACCAGAUCCAGACUCAGACCACGGAAACCAACCUGAGCGUAACGGGAGCAAACCUGAUUUGCGCUCAAAUAUACUCCCAGACUUGGACCCGCCGGAGAAACAGAAGAACGAGAAAACCAAACUGAAGAAGCUUCACAGCCCGAAGGCCGACGAGCCCGACGUGCAGGAGUCGGCGUUUUUCAAGAAGAUCCUGGCGUACAAGAGGAAGCUGCUGAACUACUUUGCCAGAAACUUCUACAACAUGAGGAUGUUGGCGUUGUUCGUCGCCUUCGCCAUCAACUUCAUCCUGCUGUUUUACAAGGUUUCCACGUCGUCGGCGCUGGUGGAGGAGAAGGAGGUCGAGUACGUCUGCCGAGACGCCGAGGCCGCCGGGUUCCGGUGGGAGCCGCUCGGGGAACCGGCUAACGCUAACGCCAGCCGGGAGCCGGCCACGCCCGUCACCGUGCGGUUCGUCCUGGAGGAAAGUAGCGGCUACAUGGAACCAACGCUGAGAAUCCUGGCCGUGCUGCACACAGUCAUCUCCUUCUGCUGCAUCAUCGGAUACUACUGCCUAAAGGUCCCCCUGGUGAUCUUCAAGCGGGAGAAGGAAGUGGCCAGGAAGUUGGAGUUUGACGGCCUUUACAUCACGGAGCAGCCGUCGGAGGACGAUAUCAAGGGCCAGUGGGACCGGCUCGUUAUCAACACCCAGUGAAUCUUUCCCAACAACUAUUGGGAUAAGUUUGUGAAGAGGAAGGUGAUGGAUAAGUAUGGAGAGUUCUACGGCCACGACCGCAUCAGCGAGUUACUGGGAUUAGAUAAAGCUGCGCUGGAUUUCAGUGACGCCCCGAAGAAGAGGAAACCGCGGAGGGACAGCUCGCUGGUCGCUGUCCUGAACUCCAUCGACGUCAAAUACCAGAUCUGGAAACUCGGAGUCGUUUUUACCGACAAUAGUUUCCUCUACCUGGCCUGGUACAUGUCCAUGUCGGUCCUCGGCCACUACAACAACUUCUUCUUCGCUGCUCAUCUGCUCGACAUCGCCAUGGGAUUCAAGACGCUGCGUACGAUCCUGUCGUCGGUGACGCACAACGGUAAACAGCUGGUGCUGACCGUGGGUCUCCUGGCCGUCGUGGUUUAUCUUUACACCGUCGUCGCCUUCAACUUCUUCAGGAAGUUUUACAACAAGGGUGAAGACGGAGAACUGCCGGAUAUGAAGUGUGACGACAUGCUGACGUGCUACAUGUUCCACAUGUACGUGGGCGUCCGGGCCGGCGGCGGGAUCGGGGACCAGAUCGAGGAUCCGGCCGGAGACGAGUACGAGAUUUACCGGAUCAUCUUUGACAUCACGUUCUUCUUCUUCGUGAUCGUCAUCCUGCUGGCAAUUAUUCAGGGGUUGAUCAUCGAUGCGUUCGGGGAACUGAGGGAUCAGCAGGAACAAGUGAAAGAAGACAUGGAGACUAAAUGUUUUAUCUGUGGAAUCGGAAACGACUACUUUGACACGGUUCCACACGGAUUUGAGACGCACACGCUGCAGGAACACAACCUGGCUAACUACCUGUUCUUUUUAAUGUAUCUCAUCAAUAAGGAUGAAACUGAACACACGGGGCAGGAGUCGUACGUGUGGAAGAUGUACCAGGAACGCUGCUGGGAAUUCUUCCCCGCCGGAGACUGUUUCAGGAAACAGUACGAGGAUCAGCUGAUCUGAGAUCAGGAUCAGCUGAUCUGAGAUCAGGA